UUACAAAAAAGUAUAUUCUGGUUAGGUUGGACCGUAUAUUUGGAAAACUUACAAAGAAGUAUACGAAGAAGUUCUGCAGAUUGGCUCUGCGCUGCGAGCCGCCGGAGCUGAACCUGGCUGUCGAGUGGGAAUAUAUGGAGCUAAUUGUCCUCAGUGGAUCAUAGCAAUGGAGGCUUGUGCAGCUCACGCCCUAAUCUCUGUACCUCUAUAUGAUACAUUAGGUGCCGGAGCAGUUGAUUAUAUCGUUAAUCACGCGGAAAUUGAUUUUGUGUUCGUCCAGAAUACCAAGAUUAAAAGACUGUUUGAGCCGGAUUGCACAAGUGCAAAACGACUUAAAGCUGUAGUUUCAUUCACAAAUGUGAGCGAAGAACACAGCCACAAAGCUUCAGAAAUUGGAGUAAAAGCAUACUCGUGGCUCGAUUUUCUUCUUAUGGGACGAGAGAAGCCGGAAGAGACAAACCCGCCUAAACCGUCUAACGUGUGCACCAUAAUGUACACGAGCGGCACGAGCGGUGAACCUAAAGGUGUGGUUUUGACCCACGAAGCUGCUGCGACUUGCGUUAUUGGGAUAGAUCUCUGCAUGGACCAGUUUGAAGACAAGAUGACUCCCGACGAUGUGUAUAUCUCGUUCUUGCCGUUGGCCCAUAUUCUUGACCGUGCGAAUGAGGAAUAUUUCUUUCGAAAUGGCGCUUCGGUUGGCUAUUACCAUGGAGAUUUGAAUGCAUUACACGAUGAUAUUCAAGAACUGAAACCGACUUUUAUAGCCGGAGUUCCAAGAGUCUUCGAGAGGAUCUAUGAAGGGAUUCAGAAGGCUCUUCAGGAGCUUAAUCCAAGAAGGAGACUCAUCUUCUAUGCUCUUUAUAAAUACAAACUUGCGUGGAUGAAUCGUGGGUACUCUCACAGCAAAGCUUCACCCAUGGCUGACUUCUUAGCUUUCAGAAAGAUUAGAAAACAGUUAGGAGGUCGACUCCGGUUAUUAGUAUCUGGUGGAGCACCACUGAGUCCUGAGAUCGAAGAGUUCUUGAGAGUUACUUCUUGUUGCUUCGUCAUCCAAGGCUAUGGUCUAACCGAGACGCUUGGAGGAACAACAUUAGGCUAUCCGGACGAGAUGUGUAUGCUGGGGACAGUCGGUAUUCCAGCUGUUUACAACGAGAUAAGGCUUGAAGAGGUGCCAGAAAUGGGCUAUGACCCAUUGGGUGAAAAUCCAGCAGGCGAGAUAUGUAUAAGAGGAAAAUGUCUGUUUUCUGGGUAUUACAAGAACCCUGAACUCACUAACGAAGUCAUGAAAGAUGGAUGGUUCCAUACAGGAGAUAUAGGUGAGAUUCUUCCAAACGGAGUACUCAGGAUCAUCGACCGUAAGAAGAAUCUGAUUAAACUCUCUCAAGGAGAAUAUGUUGCUCUCGAGCAUCUGGAAAGCAUCUACGGACAAAACCCUAUUGUCAAAGAUAUAUGGGUUUAUGGAGACAGCUUCAAAUCUAUGCUAGUCGCCGUGAUUGUUCCAAAUCAAGAAACCGUGAACAGGUGGGCUAAGGGAUUCGGCUAUACUAAACCAUUUGAAGAACUAUGUUCUCUCUCGGAGCUACAAGAGCACAUCCUCUUAGAACUGAAGUCCACGGCAGAAAAGAACAUGCUAAGCAAGUUUGAGUACAUUAAAGCGGUGACGAUGGAGACAAAACCUUUCGACAUCGAGAGAGGCCUAGUGACUGCGACGCUCAAGAACCAGAGGAAAAAUCUUCUCAAGUUCUAUCAGGUAGAAAUCGAAGAAAUGUACCGAAAAUUGGCGUCAAAGAGGAGCUAAAAUUAUUGAGAUAUUUGUGCUACUUAUAUAUUAUUACGUUACAUAUAGCCAAACAUGAAAACGAACACUAUAUGCUUUGUGUAAUAAAUUAUUUUAUGUUUCAUGGCCAUAUAAAUUGUUUGUUUUCUCUUUAUGUAAUAACAAAGUCUAUGACUGGCUGUUUAUUUUCGUGGAUAGUACUUGUUCUGAUA